UGAGGACGUGCAUCAUCCUGCUCCAGCACCAAUGCAAGGAGGUUCAUGGCAAGGAGAUGCUGGUGCAAUGCCUGCCAUACUCCAGUCAUGGCUUGUCACAGGAUCAAGCAGGAAUAAGGAAUCCAAGGUUGAGAAGAGCCUGCAACAAAAGGCGUACAUUGAGCACUGGCGGAACAAGAUGCGCCUCCGCCAACGUGCCCGCUCAGCCCAGUCCGUCAACAUUUCGGACGUGCUUGGCGCUGACAAUUACAUUCCACCGCCAACUUUUGGAAAGGGCAAAGGAAGGAGACGAAACCGAGUGGCUCCGAGCCCGACUCAAAGUGACUAUAGCACUGAUGAUCAGAUUGAGAGCCUCAGCAAGCGAGCUAAAUCUAAACACUUCCGCAAUGAAUUGGACCAGCUGUAUGAUGAUGGCACGGUGGGGCAGUACAGAAAGAAAGACUAUGGCAUUGAGGCCCAUCUUCCAGAGCUGGAUCCGGAGCAGGCGGCCCUGAUCGCGUCCCAUCCGGCUCCCGCCUUUGCCCACCCACCUCCAGCGUUGGCUCGUCCCGUAUCUUCAGCUCCAUUUAGAUCACCUAGUGCGUCUGACAGUGGUGAGACUUUAGCCGAUUCUAGAAAACGCAUGAGUAAAUUGUUGGAUAAUGCAUUUUCACUUGUCCAUCCACGUUUCCUUGACAAAGUUGCUGGCGACAAGUUUAGGCAACAAUAUAAAAGGUUUCAUGAUGAUCAGCUGAAAGACAGUGACGAAGGAAUGAUGCCUUCCACAGCUUUGGUGCAACCAACACCUUCUGCAGAAGGUGCAACAAGCUCCAAAACACAUCUCCCGAUGUUGGUCAACACAAAACCAGCCCAGGCGGGAGGCCCGUUUGCCACGCCCUACAAGACGUCUGAUGAAUUGGCGUGGAUGGAGCCAGUUCUUCAGCAACAGUACGAAACAUACACAUACUCAACGAUGGAUCCCCCACACCCAGCAGAUGGCAAAAGUGAUGUUUAUGAAAAAACUGAUCUUUGAGGUCGCUGAAGGACAUCAGUACAUUACCAAUAAGGGGCCCACCAUCAUUAGAACACGUACCACGACGGGAAGGACACCCUCCACCAGGGGAAGCACACCCUCCACCAGGAGCAGCACACCCCGUUCCUCAGGCAAUGCAUCCUACACCCAAACGCUUCCAAACAGCUCCCAAAAAACAACUCACCGCUGUGCUACCACCUCAGGAAAAACGACGACCAAUAUCCGCCCAAUCAAGAUCUAGCGACGGAUCCGGGUCCCGGUCUGCUUGGGAUGAACCAGAACCAGUCAAACCAGAGAAAAAAUCCCGGCCAAAAUCUAGUGUUUUUAGGAAAUCGAAGGGUAAAACCUCGCCAGUUGAACGGAUUGGGGGAACUCUUGAAGAUGGGACAGAUGAAGUGGACAUCGUUCAAGGGACCUCCAAGAAAGUUGCAGGGUCAUUACGAGAAGAGUUAAAGAAACAUGCUAGUCACAAACGAGAUCCUGAUGUGUAGUCAUGGUAAUUGUAACCAUGGCAACUAGUUGUAUUCUUGCCAAAUACUUUAUGUUACUUAUGCUAACUUAGUCAUAUUGGAAGCCAUGGCAAUUUAUAUAUCUUAUGAUUAUGUAAGGUUUUUCUGGUAAAUAUAAUAUUGUCACUAUAAGGUUUAGGGUUAACCACGACAACCAAUUGUUCUCCUGUUGGAGCAAUUAACUGUCUCAUUAAAUAAAACAGGCUGGUACCUGUGGUUUCUGCUGCAAAAUCAUUGAAACUUGUCUUUGUGAGAAUCUUGCUCAUGCCUCAUGGUUGUUCAAGUUUUGACGAAAUUUACCAUUGUUGUUCUAUUGUGAUCGAUUGAGAUUUGCUGCAGAGAUAUUUGUAUAGUGUAUCAGUCGAUUUUUUACCAUUUUGCCAAGACUGUUUGGUGUUGAACACCAGAAAUGAUAUAUCCAGCUGAAAUUAUGAAUGUAUGGUUCAGGUAAUGUAAAUGGGUUUUUCAUGAGGUUUUGGUGUGAGCUUAAUGCUAUUCAAAUGCAAUUGUAUGAAUUGGCUCAGGAGGAGGGAGGAGGGGGGUCAUUUGCUUCAUGAUUAGCCCAAUCAUAAGUUGAUUUUAUUGUUAUAUGUCAUUGUAACCAUAUGUCUUUAUAAAAGUCAUAAAAUGCCAAAUGAAAUUACCCCCUUCUGAGUCAUAAUGAGGCCGUCCUUUCUCUUCUAUUAUAUUUGUAUCAGUCAGGUCCAUUUUAAAUUCGAGGGGUGAUACUUGACUUCUAGUACGCAUCCCUAUUAAGUGCUUUUUUAUUUAAGGAGUUUGUUAUAUCUGCAGAUACUAUCAACUCCUUUUGCUUUCGCUUUUUUCAUUAAACCCUUUCAGAACCUUAUAGACUUUCCUACAAUAUUCGGUCUCAAAUAUUCUAAAGUUUUGAAAAUUUUCUGAGCUUCUGAUGGGGUUUACCAGUAUAUUUCUAUCUGAGUUUGUGUUUCUAGUUUUCUAUUCUGAAGUCAGGUUUAACCUUUGUAUAGUUUGAUCAACUGUAGCUUGUCCAAAUUAUAGUUUUAUUUACUAGGUGUUGGUCCAAAUUUUCCAUAGAAUAGAAUUGAUUCCAUCCAGCUAAUUUGUGAUAAUUUUUGUUGCCAUGCAUCUGUGAUAUUUUGCAUGAAUGCUAAAGCAACAUUCUCCUUUAUAUAUGAUUACCUUUUUUUCUUGAAAAAGGCAGCCAAAAUAGUCAUGAAGUCUUCAUCAAUUCUUGCUAUAAUGUAUAUAGUUUACUAUUGACAAGGUUAAUCUCUCCUUACUGAUGACAUUGGCAUAGUGCCAAUCAAGUGAUACAAAAUCUAAAAAACAUGCUAGUUUGUAAAUAUUUAUUACCGGUAUAUCAUAUAUACAAGGUGACUGAAAGUGAAUAUGAAAUGUAUCAUCAUUGUAUAAGCAUACUCCGACUUUAUCUAGUACUGUUAAGUUUAUGUAGUGUAAAUAUUGAAAAACUGUCUGUAUAUUUUGUCUCAUGAAUACUUUCGCCAUAUUUCUUACUUUCUGUUCAUCAUGUGAAUCUAACAAGUACACACAAGGGCAACGUUGACCUCAACUUGAUUCUCUUUGCCAUAUUCAAAAUAAACGCACUGCUGAGAUUUGAUGUUGUAUGAAUUUGGGGCAUUGUGUCCCAGAGUAUUGUUUGGUUCAUGUGUCAUUCCAUCACUGUAGUAUUCUUAAAACUGUAUGCAUAUCAUGUUUUUAACUCUUCCAAAGUAGUCCCUUUCCUAGUGCCAAAAUGUGAAAAUUCUUGCAUGGAUAUUUGUUAUUUUGUAGAUACAGUUUACAGGAAGUAUUUUCUUAAUAAAAAAAUACUA